AUCGGCGCCCCUAUAUAAAACCACAUAUCGCUCUCUCUCUCUUCUUCUAUCACCUACUCUCUCUCAGACUCUCUCUCCGAUUUCCGGCUUCGUUUUCCGAUCAGCGAAAUGGCCAAUGGUCCAGGUCUUUACACCGAGAUCGGCAAGAAAGCCAGAGAUCUCUUGUAUAAGGAUUACCAGAGCGACCACAAGUUCACCAUCACCACCUACAGUCCCACUGGUGUGGCUAUCACUUCUUCAGGAACAAAAAAGGGUGAUGUGUUUCUGGCUGAUGUUACUACUCAGUUGAAGAAACAAAAUGUCACUACUGAUAUCAAAGUUGACACUGAAUCCAACCUUCUGACCACUAUUACAGUUGAUCAACCUUGUCCUGGUGUUAAGGCAAUUCUCAGCUUCAAAGUUCCUGAUCAGAACUCAGGCAAGGCCGAACUCCAGUACUUGCAUGACUAUGCCGGGAUAAGCACCAGUGUUGGAUUGACAGCCAACCCUGUUGUCAACUUCUCUGGUGUUCUCGGAACUAACCUUCUUGCCCUUGGUACUGAUGUGUCAUUUGAUACCAAAUCUGGGAAUUUCACCAAAUGCAAUGCUGGUUUGAACUUUUCCAAUGCCGAUCUCAUGGCGUCAUUGAACCUGAAUGAGAAAGGUGAUGUGGUCAGCGGAUCUUUCUAUCACAGUCUCUAUCCAGAACAAAACACUGCUGUAGGAGCUGAGGUCACCCACAGAUUUUCCAACAGUGAGAAUACGAUCACUCUCGGUGCUCAGCAUGCCCUGGAUCCAUUGACCUCUGUCAAGGCACGUGUGAACAACAUUGGCAAGGCCAAUGCUCUUAUCCAGCAUGAGUGGCGCCCAAAAUCAUUUUUCACCAUUUCUGGAGAGGUAGACACCAGAGCCAUUGAGAAGAGCGCCAAGAUUGGAUUGGCUCUUGCUCUCAAGCCAUGAGGAGGAGUUAAUCCCUGACCAAGGGAGGGAGACAUUGAGAUAGUACUAAUGUAGGUUGUCUCUCCUCUUUUGUGUGCUCGAACAAGUCCACAUGUUAGGCUGUACUCUUUUUUGGUUGUAACAAUAAAGAUUUAAUGUUGGUUUCGUACUUUUUUCUUCAUCGUUGUUAACAGAGCUUGGUCAAGCAGUCGGAAAUUAGACUUGUCGCCAAUGUGUUGUGGUUUUUCUCCCUCCCACAAUGAUAACUGUGAUGUUUAGUUUCAUAUUAUAAAUCUCAAUCAGUGUCAUUGUUUACCAAUUCUUAAAAGAGGGACAAGUUCUCUA